AAGAGGAGUCGGAAAGAAAGCUAGCCCUGCAGGAAAGCGAGGAAGUGUGUGCACACCUCUGAUCCCUGAGCGGCUCUGCUCUGACCUUCGCCUCCCACUGGGUGGAGCGGGCUUUUAAGAGCAGCUGGGGUGCAGGCCCCGGUCAGUGGAGCCGGGGUGGCCUGUCUGCACCUCUCCCGGCUGGAGCGCGCUGCUCUGAGCUCCAAGCGGCCGGCCCAGCUCUGCGCCCCUCGCCACCGUCCACCCGGAGCAAGAAGGGGGACCUCCCUGCCCACCUGCCGGCCAUGGAGGAGGACGCUGCCCACGCCGCCAAGUCCCAGCACCCGGGCUCCGAGCUGCGGCCGGAGAAGCCGGCCAGCCCCAGCCCGGCACCCUCGUCCACGCCCAGCCCCAGCCUGCACCUGGGCAGCACGGACGAGGCCCUCCGGGACCACGCGCAGGUGAACGCGGUCACGGUGCUCACGCUCCUGGACAAGCUGGUGAAGAUGAUGGACGUGGUGCAGGAGAACCAGCACAAGAUGGAGCAGCGGCAGAUGAGCCUGGAGGGCUCGGUGAAGGGCAUCCAGAACGACCUGACCAAGCUCUCCAAGUACCAGGCCUCCACGGGCAACACGGUGAGCAAGCUGCUGGACAAGUCCCGCAAGGUGAGCGCGCACACGCGUGCGGUCCGCGAGCGCCUGGAGCGCCAGUGCGCGCAGGUGAAGCGGCUGGAGAGCAACCACGCCCAGCUCCUGCGGCGCAACCACUUCAAAGUGCUCAUCUUCCAGGAAGAGCAUGAGAUCCCCACCAGUGUGUUUGCCAAAGAGCCCGUGUCCAGCCCCAACGAAGGGAAGGAGGACCUCGCCGAUGAGAACAAGUCUUUGGAGGAGACCUUGCACACGGUGGACCUCUCGUCGGAAGAUGAGCUGGCCCACGACGAGGAGGCCCUGGGGGACAGCGCGGAGGAAAGCAUGGGGGAGAGCAGAGCCGAGAAGAUGAAGAGGUCCAGCCUCCGGAAGGUGGACAGCCUCAAGAAGGCCUUCUCCCGCCAGAACAUCGAGAAGCAGAUGAACAGGCUGGGGACAAAGAUCGUGUCUGCGGAGAGGAGGGAGAAGAUUAAGAAAUCGUUCACUUCCAACCACCAGAAAACAGCCUCCGGGAAGAGCUCCCCCUUCAAGGUCUCCCCUCUCACUUUCGGGCGCAAGAAAAUCCGGGAGGGGGAAAGCGCGGGGGAGACCAAGUCCGAAGACGCCCCCAGCAAUGAGCACGUGCCCAACGACCAUGACCACGAGGGGAGCUCGCUGGCCGAGGGCCUCUCCCAAGCCUCCCUCUCCAGCGUCCUGGCCGAAGGGAAGGGGGCCGAGGGGGAGAGUGGGAGGGCAGCCUCGCGGGGGAGUAACUCUGGCAUGGACAGCAACGUGGACCUGACCGUCGAGGAAGAUGAGGAGUCAUCGGUGGCUCGGGAACAGGCACAGAAGGUGCGCUAUGAGGCCGGCUACGCGCUCAACUCCAAGGAGGCGGAGCGGUCAGAAGAGGAGGCCACCCAGCCCCCUGUGCUGCAGGUGGGCCAGAUGGCCUGAGCGGGAGGCCCACGGGCCCGCGGUGCCUGCAGGCAGGUGGGAGCCUAGAACACGCGUCCACGCGCCUCCAGCGCUCCCCACUCACCACCGUGUUGUUGCCCAUACAGCAGCACACACGUGACCAAGAUUCGCUCUGAAGGCAGCCUGUCGGGGGCUCCAUUUCUAAUUUGCUCCUCGGCUCUGUUUCUGUAGGAUUUCUCCAAGAUGCCAGAAGACAUGAGCCGUUGCAAAACACUGAUCAGGUUCGCUCAGUCAAAGAACCAGGGGCUCCUGAAGAGACUAGUCAUGAAAGGCGAUUGAUUUGGGGUCAUUCCAUAAGCUUGCUGCAUAACGUACCAGUAAUACAUGGAAUUUCCACAGAACUCCGUGCAUCUGUUAGUUAUUUUUCAGGUGUGUGAUAUACGAUAUACAUGUGUGUUUAAGCUAAAGGGGUAACUGCUUUUUUAAAAAAAGAAAACACGUUUUUGAGAAGGUAGAAGAAAAAGUUCAGUUGACCAUCCACUUAAUGGAAACCAUUGUUUUCUUGAAAAUAAAGUAAAAAUUGUAAUUUUUAGCUAAUGAAGUAAGACAUGUAGGAAAAUCGGGAAUCUUAGAAAAAGAAAACUAGAAAAUGAGGUGGGAAAAUAAGAAAAACAGGAACAAAGAAUGCCAGAGAAAAUGAAGACACAGAGAGAAAAAAAAGUAUGUGCUUAGAAGUAGAAUAUUUACAACCUAAGUUCAAGUAUUUCACUCUUUAUAACAAUACUAAAGAAGUUCAUAUAUCUGGAAUAAUGUUAUAUUUUCACAAUAUUUUUAUUUUCUAACAUUUUCAAAUAAUAUAAAGACAUGUUACUGUGUUAAAGCUGUAUUUUUUCUUAAUAUAUAAAAGACAUUACAAAUAUUCCCCUGAAGAAACUCAAAAGGAUGUUGUCUAACACUGGGAAUGAACAUAAAUAUUCAAAAUUAAUUAACGCAUACUGCCUUUUCUAGGAAGUUGGAAAAUGCUAGUCUUUAAUGUAAUGUUUUCCAAACUUCAAACACUCGCACUCAAAAUGUAAUGUUGGUUUAUAGGAUAUUAAAAUCAACAGGUUUAGGAAAGGGAGGGCUUCUGUUUGUCCCUUUUUUAGGCAUAAUGAUAAUUUCAUUCCGGGUCUUAUUUUUUUUAUAUGUCAAUUCCACAUCAUUUUAGUAUGUUUAUUAACUUUUUAAAGCAUGCUAGUAUAUAUAUAUAUAUAUAUAUAUAUAUAUAUAUAUAUAUGCACAUAUAUUCAGAUAGGGAAAUUUUUACUACUGCCUAACAUUAUACUAAAAUGAUGCCUUAUCUAUUUUUAAUUACAGAAUGCUAAUGUUUUGCGAAUAUUAUGAAACUAUAGUUUAAAGACAGGUAGCAAGGAGCAGUUCCCUGCCUUUGGAUUUCGCCACUCACUAUAAGUAGCCUUACACAUAUAGCUAACCCAAGACAGUAUUAACAAACUGCUUUGUCUUAUAAAAGAGAUAAGUUUAACAAAUGUAUUGAUGGCAUAACCUAUACAGCUAUCCUUGUUUUUGCAAUCAUGUACCCCACGUAUUAGAUGGUUGAACUAACAAUGGCUGUGUUAAAGAAGACUAAAUAAACCAAAAAUGAAAAGUAUAUAA